AUGUCUGCUAAGUUAUACAGCUGUGUUGCUGGAUGCAAACGGAAACUCAACAGUCCAAAGAGCCUAUCCAACCAUUGUAGUCGGUGCGACAUUGCGAUAGAGUACGAUAGUAAACUAUUGGAACGUUCACGUGCACGAUGUUACGAGACAGAGCCGCCUGCCAAGCGGCGUCGAACUAGCAUUGGAGGCAGUGUGGGUGGUGAUGAAUCCCAGGAGCAACAACCCAACACUGCAGGUACAUCUGAUUCACCGCCUGUACCCGGUGCUGAACUCAACAACACAACUGCCGACACCUUGUCCAACCCAACAUUGAUUACCGCCACUUCCCAGCCACCCCUGACUUCUAACAUCCUUAAUCGUGCACGCCCAGCAACUUGUUCUCAGACACGGCUUUUACAUUCAGGAUUCAGAUUGCAAAUCGAUGCUCUACCGGAGGGACCGUCCUCCAACCUUGUUCCGACAGACCCCCGUUUAGACAAUACGCCCAACACUACUUGCUCAGGCCAAGGUCAAGAACAGCCCACUUGCGCUAGUGGCACUGCUACCGACCCAAAGCUACCUACAGGAACCUAUACCACGGAGCCAGAUAUAUUUGGCCAAUACCAAAUCUACAAUACACACCCACUCCGCAUACCCGAUGCCAAUUCUCCUCUAUCCGACUCUGUUGUUCUUCCAGCCCCACCAAAAAAACUACGUUCGGUCCAGGAAAUCAUCCACCCUUGCCCCAACCUCUCCAUCUUCUACAUGCAACAACAUCACUGGCUUACCGGGAAUUCAAAGUCGCUGAACAGCCGUGAAUCCCUAUGCAAUGACGUGAUUGGGCAACCGGGCUUUUGUCCACAGGAUGUUGUCGGCUACAAUUUUUGUGCCUUGGACCGGAAGUUGGCUGAAUUGGAGCAUACUUGGAAUACCUUGUGUCCGCCAUCCAAAGGUUGGAAGAAUGCUGAUAAGGGCAUGGCAGUUCCGCAACACUAUCUUACGGUUAAUGGGCUCCGUGCGCAAAGGCUCACCAACAUCGUGUACAAGGUGUUCUCCCAGAAUAACCCCCGCUCGUUUCACUACACUCCUUACAAGGCCCUCUGGAAGCCAUUGGAUUCCGGCUCUUGGCCUGCAAUGCAAGUAUUCGAUGAGAUUUAUUCUUCGCCCUCAAUGCUCAACGCUCACCGCAAAGUUCAACGCUUGAAAAUAGCCGACUCCGGCUGUACUCGUCCACGAUGCGUCGCAUAUAUGAUGUUUGGCUCCGAUGGGACUGUGCUUGGAAAGGGGUUUAGCCAUGUCAAAGGCCACCCAAUAUACGCGUUUUUUGGGAACAAGAGCAAGUACCAACGAUGCAAACCAGGGUCAAAUACUUGCUUCCAUGUGGCUCAUAUUCCUUUGCUCCCAGAUAGCGCUCGGGAGACUAUUACAGCUUACCAUGAUGGAAAGCCCCCACCUGAAUCCCUCAUCACCCACCUCCGGCGUGAAUUAAUGCACAAAGUCUGGGUCCACCUACUAGAUGACGACUUUCUCUACGCUUGGAACCACGGAAUUGUGAUUAAAUGCACCGAUGGAAUUGAGCAACGGGUUUUCCCUCGUAUUAAAAUUCACUCAGUUGACUACCUGGAGAAGGUCACAAUGGCAACAAUUCGAAACUUGGGAGUUUGCCUGUGCCCACGCUGUCUAGCCAAGAAGGGAUUGGCCUCAAAGCUGGGAACCUCCCACAAUACACUCGUCCGAGUAUCCAAACGCCGUGUCAAGAGUACCAAGCGCAUCAAGAAAAUUCAGGAAGCACAACGAUUGAUAUACGAUUUGGGCCACUCGGUUCAAAGCAAGCAAGUCGAAGCCUUAUUACAGGCUGAAUCCUAUGUCCCUACUCUGAACGCGUUUUUGCGUUGCCUGAGCCCUAGAAUUUUCAAGUUUAACAUAUUUGAAACGUUUGUCGUGGACCAACUCCAUGAGAUCGAGCUUGGCGUCUGGAAGAGUUUAUUUCAACAUUUGGUUCGACUUCUUCACCUUGGUGGGAGCCGGACGAUUGUUGAAUUUAACAAAAGGUUCCAAAGUGUCCCAACUUUUGGUUCAACUAUACGAAUGUUCUUGGAUGAUGUGGCGAGUAUGGGACGAUUAGCGGCACGCGAUUUUGAGGAUAUCCUUCAGUGCUGUCUCCCCGUAUUCGAAGGCCUACUUCCUUCGGAAUGCGAUGCUCCCGUGCAAAGACUACUGUUUACCUUUGCAUUCUGGCACGGACUCGCAAAGCUUCGUCGCCAUACCACGGAAACCCUUAAGAUCAUGAAGAAACUCACUGCCAAACUUGGCUCCAAGCUCCGUAGCUUUGCCGAAUUGACACAAAACAUGAACGUUUGCGAGACACCAGACGAGUACACGCGUCGGAAGAAACGACAAGCAUCGGCCCAGGCUCAACGCUCUAUGCAGGUCGCUACUUCAAAAGGGAAAUCAAAGGCCUCGGCUCCUUCGGAGAUAGCAGAUGGCCGGCGCUUAUGCUUCUUCAACAUCAACACUUACAAGGUACACGCGAUCGGCGAUUAUAUCUACAUAAUUGCCGAAUUUGGAACCACAGAUUCAUACUCGACUCAAAUUUACGAACUUCAACAUCGCUUUAUCAAGGACCAAUUUGAGCGCACCAAUAAGAAGGAUGUGGUCGAACAGAUGACGCAAAUCGGGGAUGUAUCUAGUGCCCUCAAAAGGAUGGAACUGGAGCUCGAACAGCGGGAGGAGCAAUUACGAUCACAAAUUGGUGACUCCGCGCCACCUUCACUCGAUCCUGAGGGGUUGGAAUCGCUCCUUAACGGAUCCCCAUAUACAAUUGGACAGACUGAGCGCUCAGAAGACUUGAUCCCAAGCAUUACGCGCUGGGUCCGUGAGCAACAACACGACGAUGCUAUGAAGUUCUUCAUUCCGCAGCUCAAGAGGUAUUUCUUAGCCCGUUUUCUUGGGAAUCGCAAUCACCCGAAAUUCAACGAGCAAGAAAUCCUAAAAGUUAGGUUUCAUCAAGAUCGUAUGUAUCGCCAUAAGACGCUUCGCAUUAAUUACACAUCUUACGACGUCCUACGCCAACAAGACCUGCUCAACCCCUCCACCUCGAAUUGGUUUAUUUUAUUACACGCUCAGUCUGAAGACGGUUCAACGUCCCCCCAUCCGUUCAUAUAUGCUAAGGUUUUGGGUAUUUACCAUGCGCAGGUUUCUUACGGCAACGUGGUGCCUUGUCGAGAGGACUUUGUUCAUGUCAGAUGGCUGUAUUACGACACAGACAAGGCACGCCAGGGUGGAUGGGAUGAGUGCCGAUUAGAUCAUAUCGGCUAUGAGCAAUGCUGCACGGAUCAGGAUUUACUUGAUUCGUUCAAUUUCGUUCACCCAAGCGACAUUAUCCGAGCUGUGCAUUUAAUCCCCGACUUCCGAUCCGGCUCUUCCGGUACCUUGCUCAGCUUCGCCGAGUCGGUCGCACACGAUAGCAAAGACCCGGAGCACUGGGAUUGGAAAUACUACUACGUCAAUAGGUUUGUUGACCGGGAUAUGUUGAUGCGCUAUCUGGGGGGAGGGAUUGGCCAUUACCUGUAUGCAACUUGCGGCUCUGACGUUACGCUGGGUUCCGAGCAAAAUGCGAACGAAACCACUGAAGUCCCUCUGGGGACAGGGGGAGAAGGGGAAAGCGGUAAUAUGGAGAGCGAAGGCCAGAGGAGCGAAGACGAAAGGAGCGAUGGAGGCGAAUCUAUCUGUCUGGCGCAAGACGACAUUAGCGAUGAAGAAGAACCGAGCAUGGACGAUGGAGCUACCGAAUACGGGGAUAAUGUUUCGGAGGAUGAAAUGGAAGGCUAUGCUAUAGAUGAGAAUGAGGAUGUAUUGUACGGGUUUUAA